AUGAACGCUCUUCUGAUCCUCGCCCUUGUGGGAGCUGCUGCUGCUUACCCCAUUGACGACGAUGACAAGAUCGUCGGGGGCUACACCUGUUCGGCGAACUCUGUUCCCUACCAGGUGUCCCUGAACAGUGGCUACCACUUCUGUGGCGGCUCACUCAUCAACAGCCAGUGGGUGGUGUCUGCGGCUCACUGCUACAAGUCCCGCAUCCAAGUGAGACUGGGUGAGCACAACAUCAACGUCGUGGAGGGCAACGAGCAGUUCAUCACGGCAUCCAAGAUCAUCCGUCACCCCAACUACAACAGCAACACCCUGAACAAUGACAUCAUGCUGAUCAAACUCGCCUCGGCCGCAUCCCUCAACUCCCGGGUGGCCACUGUGUCUCUGCCCUCCUCCUGUGUGUCUGCUGGCACCAAGUGCCUCAUCUCUGGCUGGGGCAACACCCUGAGCUCUGGCGUCAAAAACCCAGACCUGCUGCAGUGCCUGGAUGCCCCUGUGCUCAGCCAGUCUGCAUGCCAGUCUGCCUACCCCGGAGAGAUCACCAGCAACAUGUUCUGCGUCGGCUACCUCGAGGGAGGCAAGGACUCUUGCCAGGGUGACUCUGGCGGCCCUGUGGUGUGCAAUGGUCAGCUCCAGGGAGUCGUCUCCUGGGGCUAUGGCUGCGCUCUGAAGAACAAGCCCGGUGUCUACACCAAGGUGUGCAACUAUGUCUCCUGGAUUCAGCAGACCAUCGCUGCCAACUGAGCCCUCAGCUCAUCCCUAUACCAAUAAAGUGAAC